UCAGCAGAACUAGCAGAGGCAGCAGAACCCCCCGGCUCCUCCCGCCCUAGCCCCAAAGGCCCAAACCGCAAAACCCCCGGCUCCUCCCGCCGCGGCCGCCGCCGGGGCACGCCGGCCGGGAUGCCAAAGCCAGUAGCCUCCGUCGCCUCCCUCCUCCCGCAGCUAUGGCACCGCCCCUUCCGUCGCGCUCCCAUCCUCUCCCACGCCCGCGGCCUCUCCUCCUCCUCUUCGAUCCUCACCGCCCACUCGGCCCCACGCCGCCGCUCGGUACUCCCGCGUUCCACGCACCUCGCGGCAGCGUCAACCGCCGCCGCCGUCGUGGCCCCAGCAUCCACACCGUACCCAGUGUACGACCGGCUUCUGCCGUGUCCUUUGCAGGACGACCCUCCAAGAAUCGAGCACCUCGUGGCUCGCGAGGACGAGGUAGCAGCCGAUUUCAUCUCCAGGUCGCUCGGCCUGCCUCCUCUGUAUGCUGCAGACCUCAUCAAGUUUGGUGCUGUGUACUACGCGCUCGUCGCGCCGCAGCCGCCUCCCUACGCUUCUCCGGAGCAUUUUAAAAUCUUUCGGGAAGUCACUGAGCCUUCCAUCCUGCGCCGGAGGGCGUCCAUUAAGGGGAAGACGGUGAGGGAGGCUCAGAAGACGUUUAGGGUGACGGACCCCGACCAGCGCCUCGAGGCCGGCACCUACCUGCGGGUUCAUGUGCAUCCCAAACGGUUUCCAAGGUGUUAUGAAAUUGACUGGAAAUCCAGGGUAAUAGCAGUCGCUGAUGAAUAUGUUGUUCUUGAUAAACCUGCUGCAACAUCGGUGGGCGGAGCAACUGAUAACAUCGAGGAAUCAUGCGCAGUGUUUACUUCGCGUGCAUUAGGAAUGGAAACACCAUUACUGACGACUCACCAGAUUGACAACUGCUCUGAAGGCUGUGUGGUACUAUCUAAAACGAAAGAGUUCUGCUCAGUUUUCCAUGGGCUGAUAAGGGAGAAACAGGUUAAAAAACUUUAUCUUGCACUGACUACAGCACCUGUGUCAACAGGAACGAUUACCCAUUAUAUGCGUCCAGUUAAUCGCGCUCCUAGAUUAGUUUCUGAAGAUUGUAUUGAAAGAUGGCAUCUCUGUCAAAUGGAGGUACUCGAUUGUAGGAAGGUACCAUGGCCAAGCUCUUCGAUCCGGAAAAUUCACAAUGUAAAUGGUUGUGGGUGGCCACAGCAAGAAGCUGCUUAUGAAUGUAAAAUCAAUCUCUUGACAGGGAAAACUCAUCAGAUAAGGGCACAGCUUGCUGCUAUAGGCGCUCCAAUUAUAGGGGAUUCAGCAUACAUGACUGCUGCAAUGGCAGCGAUGGCGAACCCAAACAUAAACCCAUUCGGUAGAGAGAAGCUUAGUUACAAUAGCGAGGAGGAGAAAGAAGCUGCCAUUGAAGCAUGGAUUGCCUCCCACGGCAAGGAACCAAAAUCCGUAAUUGGCCUGCAAGCGUCGGAGAUCUCUUGGGAUCACGAAUGCAAGCACCAUUCUUACAAGGCUGGGGUUCCGUGGUGGCGGCAGGAUUCUGUGGAGUCUGACUUGGUAUGAGUGAUGGUGGAUGGUAGUUCCAUAUGGACUCUGAAAUUCUACCAUCUGAAAGGUCAAAGGUAUUUGCCAUCGGGUGAACCUUGUCUCCCUGUGGAAGAGGAAUGUCUGUCCAGAUUUAUACUACUGUUAUUACCGCAAUAACAUUUUAGCACGGGAUGGCUGACAAGCAGCAAGAGGAACCUAACAAACAAAAAAAAUGUUUUUAGACAACAGAAUUGUCGAAGAGGAACACCCACUGAUACCGGGCAUGUUACCGUUCCCUUAUUGUUUUUGCACUUUUGUCGAAUUUAGACAGGUGAUGUAAGUUAUGUAAGUGCUUUCGGCAUCAUGCUGUGUACACUGUACUAGCCUUUUUAGAGGACUGAUGAAAUGCUGAUUGCUGAGCGAGACUGAAAGAAUUUGAAUGGUUGGUUGCUGA